AGUCUCCUAUAGUCUAGGCCUACAGUAGUUAGUGUAAUGAAGUGACGGCAGCGCUGGUAGGCUGGACUGUCUUUAAGAAGCAGCCAGUGGAGCAUUUCUGCCUCCAACGCACAAUCAGAGCGAUAGGAAUAAAAGCUCAGUGAGCCGGUGAAGCUGUUGGCUGGAAAAGCUUCAGGUCGCUGCGCACUGCUGAUGGACCGACUGCUCUCACACUGACUCCACACAAACACACACACACACACUCAUCUAACUGCAUGGGAACAUGUCGCAGUACACUCUGGGAGUUCACCUGCAGAUCCUGCUGGCUGUUGGUCUGGCUGUGUUCUGCUUCUGUCUGGUUCUCGGUUGUGUCCUCUGCUUUCGCAGAAGGAAGAGCGUUUCAUCAGAGGACAAGGAGGCUGUUUUCUUGUCUCCCCAACCUGCUGAGAGGGUGACUGUGACAUUGACUCCAUCUCCGUGUACUCAGCCUGUCAAGCAGCAGUACGAGGAGCUGGACGGGGACGUGCUGGAAUUCCCUUCCUCUAAAAGCAGCUCUUCUCCCUCUGAGGAUGACCUCACUGCUCUGCCCUUUGACCACAGCCCUACCAGGUCUGCUGAGCUGGUGCAAUCUGCCGGGUCUUCUUUUCCGAUGCGGCGCCUCAGCACCCCGGCUGUUCCCAUCCCACCUAGUAAAUCUCCAGGUCACGGUAGAGCCUCUCUGCCCUCCCUCACUAAGCUGAGCCUGGUGUCCAGGUCCCGUCGGGCCACGGGUCGGCGCAGCACCGUGAGCGGUGAAAGUUUUCUGUUCAACGAGAGCAGUCGACUGACUACUGUUCCUGCCAGAUCUCCCUCCCAGCAGGGGGAGCCCUGUCUAUCACAGUACGGCUCUAGUUCUCUCUCCAGCUCCUCCAAAGCAGCUCCUCUCCUGCACUUCUCCUUGCUCUUCUCCUCUGCUUGUGGCACCCUGAUGGUCAACAUCCUGGGACUCUCGAGAGCCAGUCGAAGACGCACAGGUGCUGUGUUCGUCCGGGCCAGCCUUCCUCCUCUCUGCCCCUCCCCUCAGCAGAUAGCCUCUCGGCGCCGCAGCCUCAGCCCAGACCUCAACAACCAGAGCUUUGUGCUGCAGGUGGGCUCUGUGGAAGAUCUGCGCACCUGCACCUUGAGACUCGCUGUCUGCAGCAAGGACUUCUCAGGCCUGAGAGAGGCUGCGCUGGGGGUGGUGGAGCUGCCCUGUGAGCAGGUGGAAUGGGAGCCUGACACCACCACCACCUACACCAGGGAGCUCAGCCCAACUAAAAUCAAGCUGAAAAAGAGUGUGAGUUCUCAGGAAACGUUGGGUCGCAGGAAGAGCUCCGUGUGUGUGCCGCGGGCUUUGGGCCAGCUGUUCAUCCUGCUGCAGUACCAGACGCUGGCCCAGCGCAUCAAGGUGAUGGUCCGAAAGGCAGAGAAUCUGGCCAAGCUCACACGGAUCCCAGGUGCUGCAGACCACUACGUUGUCAUCAACCUGCGUCAGGAUGGGAAAGUAAUCGGUACCAAGGAGACCAAAGGGACCAGCGGUCCAAACCCGGUCUGGAACGCUCCCUUCCUGUUUGACCUGCCGUCUGGUGACAUCACGCAGCUACCAUUGGUCCUUGAGUUUAUCGUCAUGCAGGGCCGUCUCUACACUAAGAGCAGUAUUCUGGGUCGCGUGUUGAUUGGCAGCGAUGUCUCGGAGGCGGGACAGGGACACUGGAAGGAAAUGUGCAGUCGGGGGCAAACAGAGACGGCUCGCUGGCACAUCAUCCAAUCAGAUGUGCUGUAGGAUUGAUUGACAGACGGACUGUGGGACUGCGCUGUCGUCCCUCCGCCGCCCAGUGAGCGAAACACAAAGAGGUGGAUUUAGGUUGGGAAUAACAUGCGAUUGGGCUGCACACGCUUCAAAGUAUUUCCUUUAGUCUUUUUUUAUUUUCAAGUCAGUUGUGGAAUUUUGGUUUGCUUUGGCAACUUUGAUAGAUUUCCAUGUCAUUCAUCAGCAGAUAAUGUUCAUGAAUUAAAUAACUGGUCAUGCUGUGUUAAGAAGAGACAAAAAAUAUCAGACAAAUAUCCAGAUGAUCCAUGAGUAUCUGCAGAGGUUUAGAGGGACAAGCACUGAUCACUGGAUGGAGGAGGGAUGUGUGGCAGCUUUCUCAAUACCAACAGUAUUCUGCAUCCCGGCAUUGCCUUUGUGAUUAUUUCCACUGUGACUUCUGAAAACUUUAGUCUGUAUAACUGUAUCAAACUAGUUGUAUGCAACUUGUGAUGCUGUUGUGGUACUGUUUGUAUUGUGAUGAAAAAUGUAGAAGAAGGUCGGCACUCUGUAGCUCCCUUUAAGUGCAAUAUAUUGGCACAUCUUAGGGACAUUUUAUUAAGUCUGAAGACGAGCAUCUGCUCGAAACGUCACUAACUAAGAUGAGCCAAUAAAUUGCACUUAAAGGGAGCUACAGAGUGUGGACCUUCUUCUACAGUUUUCAUUGCUGUCUUCUACUGGUCCAGCACCGGCCAACUACGGUUUUGGAUAUGCGCGACCACUUUACACUGUUUGUAUUGUGCCCAGAGGCUACAAAUGUUAGCGUUGAAAGUUAUAAGCAUAUAUAUUUGCCACUCUGCUCGUGGUUUGCUGUGGUGUAUUACUGUGCCAGUAUUUGUCCACAUACAGUAACACCUCUUCUUAUGAAUAUACACAACGCCAAUACGGUGCCCUCACUUAGUGUGGCAUGCCAGCUGAAUUAUUGUUUUACUGUACCUUCUUCAGUUCCCAAGAGGGUUUCUAAGUUUUGUUCUCUUAUCAUCCACAGGAAGCCAAUAAACAUAUGGGUUCACAGACAGCUCAGUUACGAAUAUAUACUUAUACUAAAAAUAUACAUAGAUUUUUACAAUAGUUACAACUUUAUUCAACAAUAAUGCAAAAUAGAUGAUUACAAGAGUCGAGAACCACUUUACUUUUGUCUGCUGUGUUGCUGUGCAACAUGAGGUCUUCAUAGCCAAAUGAUUGUGAGCAAGCAUCCGCAUUACCAAAUGACAUUAUUGACUGUCAUGCACUACUCAUACACCGUGUGCUCCCUGGCUAUUGGCUUUUAUUAUUGAUCUUUGAGAAUCUGCAGCAGUGUCUCAUGCAUGGACUGACUGUUCUUUCUGCAGUCAAUGGAACACUGUAAGAUAGAAACUGAAAUAGAUGUGGUCUAUUUUAAACAGACAUAUAAGGUGGUUAAAAA